AUGGUGUUCGACGUGCAGGUGCAAGAGCUCGGGCGCCACGAGCUGGACGCAGCAGCGCUCGGUCAAUUGCAGCGCGUCGUGGACCGCAGCGCGUUUGUCGCGAUUGAUACGGAGAUGGGCGGCGUCUCGUGCCACGACACGCCCCGUCCCAGUGUCAUGGACUCGAUCGACGAGCGCUACGCUCAGUACCGAGCAAGCGCCCAGCAGUUCCCGCUCGUGCAGUUCGGGCUCGCGGUUUUCAGCUGGCACGCCGAGUCGCGUGGCUUCCACGUCGAGACGUACCAGUUCCCGCUUUUCCCGCGUUUCCAGGACGAGAAGUGUCGCUCGACGGGAGCGUCGGCCUGUCCAGACCGAAGGUUCCUGGUCCAAGCCAAGUGUCUGCAGUACGUUCGCGCGCACGGCUUCGACCUCAAUGCGUGGAUUGACCGAGGCAUUGGCCACUUGUCGCAUUGCGAGCAACAACAGGAGCCGUACAAGUCGGCGCUGGCAGCGUCGACGAGACCCGAGACCUUGAGACGAUUCGACGCGGACGAACCGGCGCUGAUCACGGACGAGACGCAAGCGUUCCUCGAUCGAUUGACCAGCAAGUUGGAGCAGAGACUCGCGUGUUUCGAGGACAAGGAAGGACAAGAUAGAGGGAUGGAGAUCAGUGGAGAUGGCGAGCAAGACGACGGGACUCGACGUCGUGGACGUUGUCGUGGCAAGAAGGUCGAGGAGGCGAAGAACGGACAACGCGAACGGAGUGGUGGCGAUACAGACGAUUGCAACGCUCCGACUCCGCCAGAGGACACGGCCGAUAUCCACCAGAACGAGAAGGACAACCCGCCGCGUGCCGAUGAAGCCAAUGUCGAGAUCGGGACGGAGGAGGUCGAUAUAGAAGAGGACACCGGAGAGCUUGUGCACGCUGGGCGGCAACAGCUCGUCGAGGGUCUGGAGCAGAGCGACGGCGACGAGGAGGAGAGUUUUGAUCCGAACGAUGACGCGGUCGUCGCGAUGAAGCGGUUCUUGCUGUCACCAGUGCCUGUCGAUCCAACGUCCAGCCCGUGUGGUGUUUACGUGACUGAGCCACUGGCUCCGUUCCGCCGUCACGCCCUCGUGCAGUAUCUCCGUGAGAUCGUUCCCGAUGCGCUGGCAUUGGAUUGCAAGGUGGACAACGUUGGCGACAAAGAAGUCGUGCGGAAUCCGUGGAAACGUCGAGUUCGCAUCGUGCAAGCGCGUUCGCAACGGCAGAAACAAGCGCUGUUGCUAGCUGAGCAACAGCUUGCAGACGUCGAGAUGAGAGAGCGGAAUCUCAGUCUCAUUGGGUUCACGGCUGUGCUGGACGUGGUUGUUGCUGCACGCAAACCAAUCGUUGGGCACAACAUGCUCCUCGAUCUCAUGCAAUGCUACGAGAAAUUCCAUGGGCCGCUGCCAGAGCGCUGUGCCGAGUUCCAGCGAGAGCUCUACGCAUGGCUUGGUGCAAGUGGCGGCAUGUUCGACACCAAGACGCUCGUCACUACGGCGAUGCAGCAACACGACUCGUUUGCUACUCACUUGGCACAUACUUCGCUGGAGCACUGCUUUGACGUGUUGUCAAAGCACCCGUUCUACGGUCCAGGCGUCCAAAGUGUGCAGCCGAGUCGAGAGGCGGAUGCUGAUGCAGCACGUGGGCAGCACGGACAUGAGGCAUCGGAUUCCGUUCAGGCGGCUCCGCUUCAGGCACACCAGGCAGGAUACGAUGCCUUCAUGACGGGGUUUGUGUUCCUGCGGGUGUGCUCUGGUCUGGGCGUAUCGAACGAGUGCGUAGCUUUGCUGGGAAAGUCGCUGCAAGGACCGAGUCCACGCGGCAUCGAAAGAUCGCUCGAGAGGGUGCGAAACGGGUUGUUCGUGAGCCACUUCCUGCCCACGUACGUGCUGCAGCUCCCGGGUCCGUUUCCGCAGCCGACCUUGACGCCAUCGCGCUCUCGAUUCGUCCGGAUGAAGCUCUCGCGCACACGUGCACCGCCGGUGUCAAGCACGACGUCUUUGCCAAGCGGGGGCAACAAGUUCUGUCCAGCGCUGAAGACGUUCCACAUCAAACACUGUGUGGGCGGGACACUGAAUCUGCAGUCAGCCACGAGGCUGUUGAACGUCUACUGGGAAGGACGGCAGUGCGUCUACGUGGAGUUGCCAUCAGCUGAGGCGGUUGAGCAGCUCUUGGCAGUACGUGGCCAAACAAAAGAGUGCUGGGGGUCGCGGGAUGACCCCAUGCCGUCCAUCGGGUGCGUCGAUGUGGAUCGAUGCCCACCAACGGAUCAAUGCACAGAGCGAGCGGGAAUGGAAACAGCGGCGAUAGUGGCGACGCGAUUGACGCCAUCCAGCAGCGAUGAAGACCAGAAGGCCCGAAAGAAGAAGAAGAAGAAGCGCAGGAGCAGCGAGACGGCGUGA